GGGGAAACUGAAGAGUCCACUUUUACAUUCUCACCUGCUCUUCAAAUUCAUUUUCCUGGGCGAAAACAAAGAGAAAUGAACUCUAUUAGCCACAAGAGAAAAUCCAUGGACAAAGAAGGAGAACAUGUUCAUGAUGAUGAUGAUAAAGUGAACAUCAAAGUUGUAAGUCAGGGUACUGUGACCUCCGAGACUUUCUUCACAAUCAGAAAGAAGUGUCGGUUGUACAAGCUCUUGCACAGAUUUUGUGAGCACCAAAACGUUGAUUAUAGGAAUAUGGAAUUUCUCUACAAUGGCAAGCGCAUUUCUCCAAAACACACUCCUCACUCACUGAAGAUGGAAGAUGGUGACCACAUUGAUGCAAUGAUGCAUGCUGAUGGUGGUGGUGCAUUUUGACUGCAUAUGAAUCUUGACUCUCUGAUGACAAUUGUCACUCUCUUUGGCUUCUAUCUUAUUAGUUGCAGUUUUUAGUUUUCAUAUGUUAGGCUUCAGAGUGCUAGUUGUGUUGAUGACAAAAGUCCUAUUUUCUAAAACUUAAGUUAGACAUUUUAAUAUGCUAAAUGCUUCCAUUAGCGAAUCAACAUGUUUAUUUUCUUCUUUUAUGUUAAAAAUGCUGAAGAAUCAAGGUUUUUCA